AUGUUCGGAAAACAGCAGAAUCAUCAUCAUACUUCCACCAGACCCAGAUCGAGAUCCAAAAUCCUAAUCCUCACGCUUGUCUUCUUCUCCUUCUCGCUACUCGUUAUUCUGUACACCAUCUCUUCCUCCGCCAGGCCCUCCGUUACCUAUCUGGAUCCGUCCGACCGUCCGGAGACGUCUUUCGUUACCUCGCUGGAGCAAUUUUUGAUCCAUAAGGCGCCGAAGCUCUCGUUACCGGUUAGAGACGACACGGUGCGUGGCGAGAGUGAUGAUGAUGUGAGGAAGCUCGAUGAGAUGGUGUUUGAAAGGGAGAAUCGGUGGUUAAACGAAGAUCCGGGAUAUCCAGUCGGGUUUCCGAUCAAGGUUUACGUGUACGAGAUGCCGAAGAAGUUUACUUUGGAUCUUCUCUGGUUAUUUCACAAUACUUACAAAGAGACUUCGAAUGCCACCUCUAACGGUAGCCCUGUGCAUCGCCUUAUCGAGCAGCAUUCUAUAGAUUACUGGCUCUGGGCUGAUUUGAUGUCUCCAGAAUCUGAAAGGCGUUUGAAAAGUGUAGUGAGGGUCCAUCAACAGCAGGAUGCCGACUUUUUCUAUGUUCCGUUUUUCACUACAAUCAGCUUUUUCUUGUUGGAGAAGCAGCAAUGCAAAGCCCUCUAUAGGGAAGCUUUGAAGUGGGUCACUGAUCAGCCUGCUUGGAAAAGAUCUGAGGGAAGGGAUCACAUAUUUCCUAUUCACCAUCCCUGGUCUUUCAAGACCGUCCGCAAAUUUGUGAAAAACGCAAUCUGGCUAUUGCCAGAUAUGGAUUCCACUGGCAACUGGUAUAAGCCUGGGCAAGUUUCACUGGAGAAGGACUUAAUUCUUCCUUAUGUUCCCAAUGUUGAUAGAUGUGAUGCCAAAUGUUUGUCAGAAAGUGCACCUAUGAGGACCACACUUCUAUUUUUCCGAGGGCGGCUUAAGAGAAAUGCUGGAGGAAAAAUACGUGCCAAACUUGGUGCAGAACUAAGCGGUGUUAAGGAUGUAAUAAUUACUGAGGGGACUGCCGGAGAGGGAGGGAAACUAGCAGCUCAGAGCGGCAUGCGUAGAUCUUUAUUCUGUUUGUGUCCUGCUGGUGACACACCAUCCUCGGCGAGAUUGUUUGAUGCCAUUGUCAGUGGCUGUAUACCUGUUAUAGUCAGCGACGAGUUGGAACUUCCCUUUGAAGGAAUAAUCGAUUACAAGAAAGUAGCUGUGAUUGUUUCUUCCAGUGAUGCAAUGCAGCCAGGGUGGCUUGUAAAUCAUCUGAGAAGCCUUACACCGUCCCGUGUCAAGGAAUUUCAGAAUAGCCUUGCUCAAUACUCGAGACAUUUCUUAUAUUCCAGCCCUGCACAGCCAUUAGGUCCAGAGGACUUGACAUGGAGAAUGAUGGCGGGAAAGCUGGUUAACAUCAAGCUUCACACGAGGAGGUCACAACGGGUUGUGAAAGGAUCUAGGAGAUUCAUCAGUCUGGAUUGUGGGUUGCCAACUAAUGAGUCGUCUCCUUAUAUUGAACCGGUAACUGGGUUAGUAUUCUCAUCGGAUGCGGAUAACAUCCAGAGUGGAAAAAGCGGAAGAAUCCAGAAGACACUGGACACAGUACACAUAAAGCCGUACUUGUUUCUGAGAUUCUUUCCAGAUGGUGUUCGGAAUUGCUAUACUCUACCCGUCCUUCAGAACGUAAAUUACCUGAUCAGAGCUGUGUUUGUGUAUGGAAAUUACGACGGUUUCAAUGAUUAUCCGAGCUUUGAUCUAUAUCUAGGCCCUAAUAAGUGGGGAAGAGUUGACUUGGAAGGAAAAGUCAAUGGCACUAUUGAAGAGAUUAUUCACAUACCGAGGUCAAACUCUCUGCAGAUCUGUCUUGUCAAGACAGGUAAUUCGUUGCCAUUCAUAUCUGCUCUGGAGCUGAGGCUAUUGAGAAGCGAUACUUACGUUGUCCAAGACGUUUCCUUGAAGCACUUAUUUCGGAGGUACUAUAGACAGUCAGAUCGUUCAAUACGGUAUCCUGAUGAUGUCUUUGAUCGUAUUUGGUCUCCUUUCUUCUUGCCGGAAUGGAGACAGAUAACCACUAGUUUGGAUGUGAAUAAUUCUAACAACUACGAGCCACCAAAAGCAGCAUUAAAAUCAGCUGCCACACCUAGAGACAAUGGAACGAAAUUGACCAUUAACUGGACUUUGGAUAACCCUGAUGAGCAAGUUCACCUUUAUUUUCAUUUCGCCGAGCUCGAACCUCUUGAGAUUAACAGUAGCAACUUGGAUUUUGUAGAAACUACGAGGUUACUACUUAGAAGAAAGAUUUCAAUUGUGGUAAAUGGCAACGUUACCUCUGAUUCUAUUCUUCCUAUAGACUUGGCUGUAAGUACUGUAGAUACCGUGGUGAACAAAUGCAAUGGCGGUAAGUGCAGUUUGCAGCUGGUCAAAAGCCCAGGGUCUGCAGAACGUGUACCUCUGCUUAAUGCCAUAGAGGCUUACACAGCAAUCAAGUUUCCACACUCAGAAACAAAUCCAGAUGAUGUCGUUUCUAUCAAGAUUAUCCAAGCUACCUAUGGAUUGCGCAGAAUUGACUGGCAAGGAGAUCCGUGUAUUCCCCAACAGUUUCUGUGGGGUGGGCUAAACUGCAGCGACAUGAACAUGUCUACUUCACUGAGAAUCAUUUCCUUAAACUUGUCCUCACAUGGAUUAGCUGGAAAAAUAGUGCCGUAUAUACAAAAUCUGACUGAGCUACAAAAACUGUAA